CCAACGCCGGCCGCCGUGCCGACGCCUUCCUUUCUUUCACCACCGGGCGCCCCGCGCCCCGGCUGCGUGAGUGGCUGAGUGCGUGUUGAGCGCGUCGUUGCUCGGCGGGCCGCUUGAAAUUAUUUCCCCUCCCGCGCACCUCGGGAGCUACCAGCUUAGCGGUGCCGCUCAGGCGAUGGAGCGGGACGACGCCGACGGCAGUCUCGAUUCGUGGGCCCAAUUCUGCUCUCUCUCCAACGAACUUCUUGGCGGCGAUGGUGAUCUCUCCGCAGGGCCGCGCCUAGCGCCCGUCGUCGCCGACCUCUGCACCCGCGGCCUCGCCACGCUCGUCCGCGACUACUUUCUCCACUCCCUCGAGGAAACAUUUCGAAACAAUGCAGUCAAGAAGUUCUGGCAGCACUUUCAUCCUUAUUGCAGUGCCUCUGCAGUAGAUCGAAUGAAGUUCUGUGUUAAAGAACAUUGGCCCGAUGAAAUCUUAAGUAGAGCACUGGAGGACAUAUGCUUGGAAAAGAGUUACCAGGAAAAAUGUGUUUUUGUUCUAGUCCAUGCUUUACAAUCAUACGAGGAUAGAACAGCCAAAAGAAAAUUAAAAGCAGUGGAUUGCAGUUCCAGCUUAAUGCCUAGGUACCAAUUAAUGGUAUCAUCAGUACUUCUGACAACACUGCCCUUGAGCUUUCCUGAGAUAUUAAAUGUCUAUUUCAAGAAGAAGCUGGAAGAACUUAAUGUUAUUAUGGCUGGAUCUUAUGAGAGUGACCAACUUGGGAAUCAUGAACCUUUUGAAAGUAAUAAUGCCUCUGACUGGCAUUGUGGAAUGGAUAUUGAUGGUCAAGAAGUUUCAGAAAGUAGCUUCUUGGUAAAGAACAUUGGAAAAGUUGUUCGUGAUCUUAGAUGUCUUGGUUUUACAUCAGUGACUGAAGAUGCUUAUUCCUCUGCAAUAAUCUGGCUUUUAAAGUCUAAAGUUUAUGAACUAGCUGGUGAUGAUUAUAGAGUUCCUGUCCUUAGGUGUGUGAAGAAGUGGAUUCAGGCUGUUCCUCUUCAAUUUCUGCAUGCUCUUUUAACAUAUCUUGGCGACUCGGUGGACUAUGAUAGUGGAUCUUCUGGUCUAAAAUCACCAUUAGCCUCACGUCCUUCUUCUUUCCCAGGGAUCGGCGUUCCUUCUGAAGCCCUUGUGCGAUGGCACAUGCGGCUUGAGUAUUUUGCUUAUGAAACCUUGCAGGACCUACGAAUUGGCAAACUUUUUGAAAUAAUUGUAGAUUACCCUGAGAGCUCUCCCGCUAUUGAAGACCUAAAGCUGUGUUUGGAGUACACGGGCCAACACUCUAAGCUUGUUGACUCAUUUAUCUCGUCACUUAAAUAUCGUCUACUUACUGCUGGUGCAUCAACAAAUGAUAUAUUGCACCAAUACGUGUCCACUAUCAAGGCAUUGCGGACAAUUGACCCCACUGGCGUGUUCUUGGAGGCAGUUGGUGAACCAAUUAGGGAUUAUCUGAGAGGUAGAAAAGACACAAUCAAAUGCAUAGUGACAAUGCUAACUGAUGGGUCUGGAGGAAAUGCAAGUGGAACAGGAAAUGCAGGUGACAAUCUUCUGGAAGAGUUGAACAGAGAUGCUGAAACCCAGGAAAAUGCUGAUUAUGAUAAUCAUGCAAACGUUGAUGAGAAACAAGCAUGGCUAAAUUCUGAAAGCUGGGAACCUGAUCCUGUAGAAGCAGACCCAUUGAAAGGCAGCAGGAAUAGAAGGAAAGUUGAUAUACUUGGACUAAUGGUUAGUAUAAUUGGCUCAAAGGAUCAACUAGUCAACGAAUAUCGUGUAAUGUUGGCAGAAAAGCUGCUCAACAAAGCUGACUUUGAAAUAGAUUCAGACAUUCGCACGUUGGAACUCCUGAAGAUUCAUUUUGGUGAGAGCAGCAUGCAGAAGUGUGAGAUUAUGCUUAAUGACUUGAUUGACUCAAAGAGAACCAACUCGAACAUUAAAACAUCUUUGCUAAAGACAUCUCAAACUGUUCCUGGGAAAGAGGAGGCAGAAAUAUCUCAUGAUAUUCUUGAUGCAACAAUAAUAUCGUCCAACUUUUGGCCACCAAUUCAGACAGAAGAUCUUGUUGUUCCUGCUUCAGUUGAUCAGUUGCUAUCUGAUUAUGCAAAAAGAUUUCAUCAGAUAAAAACUCCACGGAAGCUAUUAUGGAAGAAAAAUCUUGGAACAGUCAAGUUAGAACUGGAAUUUGAGGGAAGAAGCAUGCAGUUUACUGUGGCUCCUGUUCAUGCUGCGAUCAUAAUGCAUUUUCAAGAGAAAUCUAGUUGGACUUCGAAGACACUUGCUACGGAAAUUGGCAUACCUAUGGAUUCUCUUAACAGAAGGAUAAGCUUCUGGACAAGCAAGGGGAUCCUGACAGAAUCAGCAGGACCAGAUGCUGAUGAUCACACCUUUACUGUUGUUGAUAGCAUGUCUGAUGUCAACAAGAACAGUAUUGCGAAUGAACGCUUGGCAGAGUAUCAAAUGACUGAGGAGGAAGGUGAAAGCUCUGUGGCUUCAGUUGAGGAGCAACUUAAGAAAGAAAUGACUGUGUACGAGAAAUUCAUCAUUGGAAUGCUAACCAAUUUUGGGAGUAUGUCACUCGACAGGAUACAUAACACUUUAAAGAUGUUCUGUAUAGCGGAACCAUCAUAUGACAAGUCACUGCAGCAGCUGCAAAGUUUUCUUUCUGGUUUAGUAGCGGAUGAAAAGCUAGAAAUGAGGGAUGGGUUGUACUUGCUAAAGAGGUAGCAAUCGUCUGUAUUAGGAUAACCAGUUAGAUUGAAGGUGUUGGGUAAUCAAACAGAAUAUACUUAAUUAUCAGUGCCUUUCUGUUGGGUUCCUUAAAUGUUUUAGUAUCUUCUCCUAGCAAGUAAAGAUCAGGAUCAUUGAUGCCCCCCAUGUAUUUUGUCGCUCUCUGUGCAUGUUUCAAUGGAAGUGCUGUAAUAUUCUGAGAUUUUCCAGAACUUGUUGAGAAACAGCAACUAUAGCUAUUGAAGAGUUAGUUCCUAGACCUUGCA